CAAGGCCGUUUCACGGUCCAGGGCUCCGCGCCGCGGUGCCCAUCAGCCGCCGCCCAGGAAGGAAGCCAAGCGCGCCCUCGGCCAUGGCCCGCUCCGGCGCCCACGUUGCGGCUGCCGCCGUCCUGGCGUUCGGCCUCGCCACCGUGCGCUCGCUGCUCUUCGUGGCGGCGUCGCGGCCAGCGGCCUCGAGGCGCGCGGCGGUGGCCCUCCGCGCGAAGGUGUGGAACUCUGCGACGAAGUCGUUCGAGGACACGGGCUCCGCGUGGGAGAACCCCACGGCGGAGGGCAUGUCGAGUGCCAUGGGCCUGUACUUCCCGGAGAUGAAGCCCGAGACGCCCAAGAAGGGCUACUACUACAACCGGGCCUGGAAGAAGGUCGAGGCCAACGGUCCGAACGACCCCACCACGGCGGGGCUCCCGGGCUGGGACAUCGAGACGAACAUCGCGGGCGAGCGAAGCUUCGAGCAGGAGCAAACCUACGGCUGGAACAUCGGCCCAGGCACCGACAACGUGGACGAGCGCCCCGUCAGGUAGGCUGCGCGGCAGCGAGCGGUCACGGCCCCGCGGCGGUGCGGCGCGGGCGCGCGCGCGCACGCGCGGCGCCCUCCUUCAGACGGGGCGUCCGUCCUCAUCCUCUCUGGCUCCGCGGGGUCUCCGUGAUGCCUCCACGACACUGUGUGAUGCGUGGGGCGGUGCACUGCACAGAAAGUCGAGGAGCUUUUUCUCACUCUAUGUGUGAUGUUUGGGCUGGUGCGCUGCAGGAAAGCCUGCCCAGCCUGCCCAGUCCUGCUGCGAUCCAUGAGCGACCCAGGGAGCAGCUUGUGCGUUCGCAUCUGUCUGCCGACCGUUGCGCGUAGUCGCCCUUCGCGGGCCGAACAGAGUUGGAGUUGCCUGCCGUGCUGGACUGCGCAGGGCCCACAGGGCGGCCGCGCGUAUUGGCGGGCCCGGGUUUGCGAAGACCUGCGCUGCAGUUUUUCUUUCCUGCAUUGCAGUUUUUUGGUUUCCUGCUGACCCGGGUCUGGAUUGAGCCGGGUCAGGAGAUCCCCGACAGCCUCUGGAGAUGCCCUGCUCGC